AUGGUUAAACGUAUACGGUCUGAUGCUGUUCCAUUAUCUUCAGAAGAUUAUAAAGGGCAAGAAGUUUGUAUAGUUGAAUGGUACCAACCGAUACCAGAUACAAUGGUAGUUUCAAAUCAAAAUUUAUCUAUACCUGAAUCGUGCUCAUCAAUGGAAUCAACACAGUCAAAUAUCGAUCAAGGCACUUUCACUGAUAAAGACGACAUGGAAAAUUCUAUUGUUGCUUCUAAUAAAUGGAUAAAGAAAAGAAAAUCAAAAUCUGAGACUUCUAAUUUACCUAAAAUAGAGGAUAUGGAUGACUUAUAUACUUUGAUAGAGCAAGAACGCAAAGGAAUGGAAGAAACCUUACGCGAAUCAGAAAGUGAUUAA